UCAAAACUACUAUAGCAAUAACUUUCUCUAUCGAUAUAAAGAUGGCACUAGUAAUCACGCUUUUACUUUUCGCUGUAGUGGUAAAAUAUCUAGCGACAGUUUAGAUGUUCUUCAAAAGAUUCAUGUAAACUAGAUAUCUGAUAAACACGAAUUUCCUAUUUUUACGAUAUAUAGCUACUUUGAAGACACGCCAGGUAUGGUUUACGCGUUUAUAAUAUCGUCUCUACGACCUGGACCUUGUACAGUCUUAUAUACCAAGCGCUUUGGAUAUAAGUUCCGUGAAAAUUAUAACGAAAAGGACCAGAUUCAGACGGAGGGUACUGAAGCUGACAUCUACAAAGGCCAAGGACAUGAAAGUGAAAAUGAAAUUCGACGACAACAAAUAGCUGCUGACACUCGAUAUGCAAAAGCUAUCGAAGCCCAGGAACAACACAUCGGAGAACUGGUUCAGUCGGAGUAUAACUUUAGGAAAGCACUAUCAAGCAAGUCAUUUGAGGAGGACUUUCAAAGACUGAAUAAUGACGACGUUCUUCCUGAUUUGGAAAAAGGUUGCAUUCGACUUCAGGCAUCUAAGCAGUAUCAGCUAACACGGGAUUACACAGUUAUUUGGGUCGGAACUUUGAACUGUGCCUUCAUAUUUGUUUGUGAAGAUGACGAAAACAAGCAACAAGCUGAAUUAACUUUAAAACUUAUCGUUAAGUACAUACAGCAAUAUACAGGGUUACUCAAUACUUCUGUAACUGAGUCUCUGUCAAGAUUUGGAAGUACUUCAAGCCCAUCGCGAAUAAGAAUCGACAGGGUGACACCUGUGAUAAAGUAUAUGGUGCCCAAUGGACAUUUAUUGGUGAUGAAUCACAGGCUGGUGAGACAGUUCGAAAAAGAAUUGGAUGUUGCAAUGAGAAAUUAAAACUGUUGAUCAGUGCAUGAAAAAAAAUUUGUUGUCAUUUUUCCUAUGAAGAAAUAUGGCAUUUGUCAAAACUGCACACCAUAUUUUGUCAACUGAACUUGUUGUCACCUCAAUGUUUGCCAUACUGUGAUUCCAUAGUUUAAAGAAAGAUUAAGUAUGACAUCACUAGAGCUAGAUAAACGUCCACCAUGUUGGCAAAUCAAUUCGUUUCCAGAGUUCAAGUAACAGAACUUCAAAUGGAUUAGAUCUUCAUGAGUUAUUCAAUCGAACUGCCUGCGAGCUUAAAGCAGGAUCUAAUAUAUGUUGAUUAAUUUACGCAAACACAAAAAAACAUAUUUUACUACCUGCAUGAUAUCUUCUGAUCGGAAAUUCAUUUUUCUUCCAUUAGCACUUGCAUCACACCCAUUCCACGCAGCUUAAAAUACAAAAUGUUGAUUAAUUUAUUUAAUAUUUAUAAUUUCUA